ACAUCAUGCCAGAAGCCAUCAGCGCAGAAGAAAUCAAAACGGCUCCCUUUGACCCUCGCUUCCCCAACACCAAUCAGACCCGUUACUGCUACCAGAGCUACGUGGACUACUAUCGGUGCCAGAAGGUUCGCGGUGCCGACUACAAGCCAUGCGAGUAUUUCUCCAAGGUUUUCCAUUCCGUGUGCCCCAAUGGAUGGGUCGAAAAGUGGGACGGCCAGAGAGAGGAAGGCACUUUCUCCGGAAACAUUUAAUUUAUUCCUGUAUCGUUAGUUGUUUGUAGAAAUAUUCAUUCUUCCUUAUAAGGGCGUUAUAUUGAGGUGACUUGGGUGAACAAAUUAUGUUACAUUAAACUCGACGUUCUUUUUCAGUUAUUUUUUUCAUAGCUGUUUAUAUAGUGAAAAACUCAGUAAAAAUAUUAUAUACCAAA